UCAUGGAGAGAGGCAGGAAUACAGGUUGCCACACCCCGAAAUGAUACGAUCUCUCAAGGUUCAGCUUACCUGUCACAGAUUUAUUCACACACUCCUCUACCAUAUACUAAUAGGUAAUAAUUGAGCAGGAAUGGAGGUUUGUCACUGCCAUGAUUAGGUUGUGUCAGGUCACAUUAUUAGAUAAUUAUUGAGCAGGUGCUUUCUCGCUAUUCUGGCUGACUGGAGUGAAGAAAACAGGUUGUAUAGUUGAAGAGACAUGAAGUGGCAUCCUGGUAUUGUAGGCUCCUCCAUGUAGCUAGUCUGUUCCCUGCAGCCUCCUCUUCCCUACAAUCCGACAGUUGGAUGCUUCUGAUUUCAUCAAGACCGGUGAAGAAACCAUAGCCCUGCACUGAACUUGAAGACGGCAAGAAAGAGUCUACUGCCUGAGCAAAAGAAAUGCUGUUUGCCAGCGGAGAAAAGAAUAACCCCCCAUGGAAAAAAAGUUGGGCGAACAUGAGAAACAUAAACAUUUGGAAGAUGAUGUUGUUUUUUAAAUUAUUAAUCAUUACAAUUAUUAGCUUCUGGUACAAUGUUGAAAGACGUACAACAUUUUGCACAUGUGCAAGCACAAACCAAUCCCUUGAUACAAUGAAUUUGAAAAAUAGGAUGCCAUCCAUCAAUGACUGUGCCUUUGAACCCACUGGUAUGUGGACUGUGGAACCUUCAGGGCGUUUAGGAAACCUCAUAGGGCAAUAUGCAACGCUGUAUGCAUUUGCAAAACGUCAUGGACAUCAAGCUUAUAUUUUACCCAACAUGCAUUCAGCACUGUCUAAGAUAUUUAAGAUAAAGCUGCCAGUUAUUAAUGAGGAAGUUGCAAAACGCAUACCAUGGAGGAAAUUCGGAAUGUACAAUGAAUGGAUGUCUGAAGAAUAUUAUAACAUCAUUGGAGAUUUUGUUAAACUUUCUGGCUAUCCGUUUUCAUGGACCUUCUAUCAUCAUAUCAAAGAUGAAAUUCUUAAGGAAUUUACUUUCCAUGACUUUAUUAGAGAAGAAAGCAAUGCCUAUCUUGCUGAUAUACGGGGGAACAAAACUAACACUACCUUCGUUGGCAUACAUGUCCGUAGAGGGGACUACGUUAAUAUUAUGGGGAAUAGUAAGAAAGGUGUACUAGCUGACAAAGAGUACCUGCAAAAGGCAAUGGGGUAUUUUAGAAAAAAAUAUAAAAACCCGUUGUUUGUGGUUACCAGCAAUGGGAUAGAUUGGUGCAAAUCGAAUAUUAAUAAUUCCUUGGGAGAUGUUUACUUUCUUGGGGAUGGCAAGGAGGGAUCGCCUAGCCGUGACUUUGCUCUCUUGGUCCACUGCAACCACACAAUUAUGACCAUAGGUACAUUUGGCUUAUACGCUGCCUAUUUGACCGGAGGUGAAACCAUCUAUCUUGCAAAUUAUACUUUGCCUGAUUACUAUCAUGGCGUAGGUUGGAAAUAUGAAACUAUUUAUCUUCCUGAAUGGAUAGGGAUUCCUGCUGAUCUUACUCCAAUUUUAAAAAAGAAUCUCACUGAAAGAAGUAGUGUUAAAGUAAACGUGUCACAAACUGCAAUAAUCUAAACAUAACAUUUAAAGAAGUUUGGGGUUAUAAAAAAAAAAAAAAACAGUACAUACUCACCUC